AUAUACUCCAAAUGUCUGAGUGUAAGUAUGAAAUUGUGAAAGUAGCCUUUGCGUCAACGAGGAUCAGCCCACGAGCCUCUCGGGUGCAUCAUAUUCACCCGCAUACGACCUUCUCCGGCCUCGGCGCAUUGCGCCAUCGCUCAAGCAUCGUCGAGCAUCAAACAGCCGCCACUCUCUUUCAUUUCCCUUUCUUCCAAACAAUAAUAAACACUAUACCAUCCGACAUAUCAGAAACCCCCUUUUGGUGACAGCCCAGGAUGUCAUUCUCCAGCAUCCCAAUCCUGGAUCUCUCACUAUCCCGCUCCCCAGAGACCAAACCCCAACUUCUCGCCGGUCUCCGCCAUGCCCUCCUAGAAGUUGGAUUCUUGUAUAUCAAAAACACAGGCGUCCCACCAGACCUCGUCGCCGAAGUAAUCCGGCUAGGCAAAGCUUUCUUCAACCUCCCCGAGGAGAAGAAACUCGAGGUCGAAAUGAAGAACGCCAAAUCCUUUCUCGGCUACAAUAAACUCGGCAUGGAAAUCACGCGCUUCAAAACCGACUGGCGCGAACAGAUCGAUCUAUCGACGCCGCAUCCCAUACCCGGUCCAAAUGAUCCGUUAUAUAGGAAUUUACUCGCGCCAAACCUGUGGCCUGACGAGAAUGCUUUACCGCGAUUCCGUGAAGUCUACGAAGAGUACAUGGCUCGCAUGGGGGACAUGAGUAUGGAAUUCACCAGCUUGAUCGCCGAAGCGAUCGGCUUACCGUCCAACGCCUUCGCCCAAUUCUUCGACGAAGCGCAGCAACAUAAACUCAAAAUCGUCAAGUACCCGGAUCUCGAGGAGUUGGGUGUCGAGGGCGAAGCUCAAGGCGUGGGUCCGCACAAGGACAGUAUGUUAACGAGUUAUCUUCUGCAAGCGAGUCAUCAUCGCGGUCUGCAGGUUCAGAACGCGGAGGGUCAGUGGGUUGAUGCUCCACCUAUUGACGGCACGUUUGUCGUGGCUAUCGGCCAAGGUAUGGAGGCUCUAACGCAGGGUGUCUGCCAGUCGACCACGCAUAGAGUGCAGAGUCCAGCUCGGGGCACUGGCGCGCGGUUCAGUAUCCCUUUCUUCCAGGGUGUCAGUUACGACGCCACAUUUGAGAGUAUGGAUGUUCCAGAUUCGGUGAAGAAGUUGAGAUCGGAUAUCCUGGAGCGAAGGGGUGGCGUCAGGCUGGAUGAUAUCGAGUUCACGUUCAUCAGGGGUGCGUGGAGCAGGCUGGGCGAGGCUACGCUCAUGAACAGAAUCAAGAGUCAUCCUGACGUUGGUGAGCGAUGGUAUCCUGAGUUGCUGAAGAAGAUCCGUGAGGACCAGGCUGAGGAAGCGGCCAAGUUUGCGGCAAAGGAAGCUGCUUCGUCACGGACCACGUCUAGUUCUAUUCCUGCUCAGCCGCAAUCAAUACAAGCACACUGACGUGCUGUUUUCGCGCUUGUGACGAUUUCCAUGCUUUCUUUUUGUUGAAACGUCGUGUAGAUCGGCUGUGCUGCUGCAGCGUUUCUUCGCGGCAUCCAGCAAGACUCGUAUAACUUCAAUACAGUUCAUGUUGCUGUCGUUGCGGAACAUACCAGAAGAGUUUCAGGUGGUCGAGUAGUCGCUGCCGCCCGAGCUCUUUCGAGCGUAGCAUGAUGGGCC